AGAAGGAGGGGCACGGGGGUGACGGUGUGGGAGCCGCUGCCAGCUCCCGGCGAGCGUCGGCGCCCGGGCCCGAGGAGGAGGUGGGCCGGAGGCCAGGCCAGCUGCCGGACCCCCGACGCAGCCCCGGAACGAGCGGCAGCGGUUUCUGGCGAGGCGGGGAGGCGCUGCCAAGCCCCAGCCGGGGAAGAUGUUCAACGUGGAGUCUGUGGAGCGGGUGGAGCUGUGCGAGAGCCUUCUCACUUGGAUCCAGACAUUUAAUGUGGAUGCACCAUGCCAGACCGUGGAAGAUUUAACGAAUGGGGUUGUGAUGGCCCAGGUUCUUCAAAAGAUAGAUCCUGCAUAUUUUGAUGAAAAUUGGCUAAACAGAAUCAAAACUGAAGUAGGAGAUAAUUGGAGGCUAAAGAUAAGCAAUUUAAAGAAAAUUUUAAAAGGAAUCUUGGAUUAUAAUCAUGAGAUUUUAGGACAGCAAAUUAAUGACUUUACCCUUCCUGAUGUGAACCUUAUUGGGGAGCAUUCUGAUGCUGCAGAGCUCGGAAGGAUGCUUCAGCUCAUUUUAGGCUGUGCUGUGAACUGUGAACAGAAGCAAGAGUACAUCCAAGCUAUUAUGAUGAUGGAGGAGUCUGUUCAACAUGUUGUCAUGACAGCCAUUCAAGAGCUGAUGAGUAAGGAAUCUCCUGUCUCUGCUGGAAAUGAUGCCUAUGUCGACCUUGAUCGCCAGUUGAAGAAAACUACGGAGGAACUAAAUGAAGCUUUGUCAGCAAAGGAAGAAAUUGCUCAAAGAUGCCAUGAAUUGGAUAUGCAGGUUGCAGCAUUGCAGGAGGAGAAAAGUAGUCUGUUGGCAGAGAAUCAGAUAUUAAUGGAAAGACUUAAUCAGUCAGAUUCAAUAGAAGACCCUAACAGUCCAGCAGGAAGGAGGCAUCUGCAGCUCCAGACUCAAUUAGAACAGCUCCAAGAAGAAACUUUCAGACUAGAAGCAGCCAAAGAUGAUUAUCGAAUACGCUGUGAAGAGUUGGAAAAGGAAAUCUCUGAACUUCGGCAACAGAACGAUGAACUAACCACUUUGGCAGAUGAAGCUCAGUCUCUAAAAGAUGAAAUAGAUGUUCUUAGACAUUCUUCUGAUAAAGUUUCUAAACUAGAAGGCCAAGUGGAAUCAUAUAAAAAGAAGCUAGAAGAUCUUGGUGAUUUGAGGCGGCAGGUUAAACUCUUAGAAGAGAAGAAUACUAUGUAUAUGCAGAACACUGUCAGUCUAGAGGAAGAGCUAAGAAAAGCCAAUGCAGCUCGAAGUCAACUUGAGACAUAUAAGCGACAGGUAGUAGAACUGCAAAAUAGAUUAUCUGAAGAAUCAAAAAAAGCAGAUAAAUUAGAUUUUGAAUAUAAGCGACUAAAAGAAAAAGUUGACAGUCUUCAAAAAGAAAAAGAUAGGUUAAGAACAGAGAGGGAUUCUCUGAAGGAAACCAUUGAAGAGCUUCGCUGUGUACAGGCCCAAGAAGGGCAGCUCACAACUCAAGGGUUAAUGCCUCUGGGAAGUCAAGAAUCUUCAGACAGUCUGGCAGCAGAGAUUGUUACACCUGAAAUCAGGGAGAAACUUAUUCGCCUUCAGCAUGAGAAUAAGAUGUUAAAACUUAACCAAGAGGGUUCAGACAAUGAAAAAAUUGCCUUACUGCAGAGCCUUCUAGAUGAUGCAAAUCUGCGCAAGAAUGAACUGGAGACAGAGAAUAGGCUGGUGAAUCAAAGACUUCUGGAAGUACAGUCACAAGUCGAAGAAUUGCAAAAAUCUUUACAAGAUCAAGGAUCAAAAGCAGAAGAUGCUAUUUCAGUUCUUCUAAAAAAGAAGCUUGAAGAACAUCUAGAGAAGCUGCAUGAAGCCAAUAACGAACUGCAGAAGAAGAGAGCUAUUAUUGAAGAUCUCGAACCAAGAUUUAACAACAGCUCCUUAAAAAUUGAAGAAUUACAAGAAGCUUUACGGAAGAAAGAAGAGGAAAUGAAGCAAAUGGAAGAACGAUACAAAAAAUACUUAGAGAAAGCCAAAAGUGUUAUCCGUACUUUAGAUCCUAAACAGAAUCAAGGAGCAGCACCAGAAAUACAGGCUCUUAAAAAUCAGCUCCAGGAACGGGACCGACUGUUCCAUUCAUUAGAGAAAGAAUAUGAGAAAACAAAGAGUCAGAGAGAGAUGGAGGAGAAAUAUAUUGUUAGUGCCUGGUACAAUAUGGGAAUGACUCUGCAUAAAAAGGCAGCUGAAGACAGACUUGCUAGUACAGGUUCAGGGCAGUCGUUUCUGGCUAGGCAAAGACAAGCAACCAGCACAAGAAGAUCUUACCCGGGCCAUGUUCAACCAGCCACAGCAAGGUAGACAAGACUUGCCGUUAGAAUAAAAAACACCCUGCAUUCAAAGCAUACUUCUGUUACAUAUAACAACAUUUCAGGAAAUUCAGCCAGCUUAUUAUUUGUCUCUAUUUUAUGUUAAUAUUUAGUUGUUUCUCAUUUGAAGACUUUCUCUUGUAUCUAUAAUGUAUUAUUUCUUGGUCCUUUAUUUUGUAGUCCUUUCAGUUCCUUUUAAUGUGCCAAAAAUUUUUAAAUGCCCAAUUAAAAGUGUUGUUUAAUAGUGUAGUACUUUUCUUUGUAUGAAAAUGUCCUUUCUCCAAUGAUGUAGGCUUUGUAAUGAAUUAGAUUUUCUGCCAAUAAUUGAUAUACAAUUUAUAUUCUUUAUUGUGCCUCUGUGUUAUCAUGCUUUAUAAGAAUGUCUGUUUAAAGGGAAUUAAUCUUUUUAUGAUGUAUUAAUCUGUUUUCAAUUGUUUUCCAAAUGCACUUCAAGUAACUUGCAUAUUUAGUGUAUAAAAUGGUUAGCAAGUGCACUUUUUGCAAAGACAAAUAUAUUGGCAGAGGUGCUAAUCAGAUCUUACCUAAAGCACCUGACAGAAUUAUUUAGAGAAAAAAAUGAGUUUUCACAUUGUUUUAUAGGAGAUUAAAUUUGUCCGAAGAUUUGGAAACUAUUUUUAAAACAUAAAUACAUAGAAUUUCAUUAUUUCCUGCUAUCUUGUCUGCUGGCAGAAGUGAAUGCAUUGAUUAGGUUAUUUGGGGAGAAAUUACAAAAGAAAAAAAUCUGGCAGUGCAUUAGUUUUUUCUUGUUUUGGAAUAUUAUAGUAACUGAGAAUCAAAUCCUGGCAAUGUGGCAGACAUUUAUAAUUUCAGUUGUCCUCCACAUCUAAAAGAUUUAUUUUUCAUAUACUUACAAGUAAUAGGUAGCCUUACCUUUUGGGCAAUUUCCUUGUUGACUUACACCUCAUUUGUUUUACUUUUUCCUUAAUAUAAACUCUUCUAUUUCUCAAUAAUUCCUGAUACCUAACAUCUUCAUAUCAGUCAUUAAGAUCAAUAAGUGACUUCUUGUAUGUGAUGUUAUGACAGGUCUCUCUUACAUUUUUCUUAAUUCUAUGUAGUAGUCCAAGAAUUUGCUACUGAAUAGAUUCUCUUGGGUAUUUGGUUGCCUCAAAGUGCUUAGAUUUGUUGACAGAUUGUAAACCAUGUUUUAUAUUGACAAUGGCUGUCCAGUAAUAAUGAUUGUAAAGCACUCUAUGUAAGGUGCUAUAUAAAUGCAAAAUACUCAUUUGAAAAUGAAAUGCCUCUGCCUAACUUUCCCUAUUGACUUAAGUAUUUGAUCCCAAAUUAUAUUUAAGUUCCCCUGCAGCCUUUUUCUUGAACCA